AUGGUUUCCACUCUUCCGAAAGCCAUUGCCAGAAAGAACGUGGUGACCCAGACGGAGUCCCCACACAAACAGAAACAUGUGGCUGUCCAGGUCUCUGGCUGUAGGGAAUGCCAGAGCCUGUCAGCUGUACCGGAGAAUGGUAAGGACAGUGGCUGUCUCAGGUGUGAGCAGGUGGAUGAUCUGCUCUGCCUGGUGGCAGAGCUGAAAGAGAAGGUGGAAAGAUUAAGGAGCAUUAGGGAGUGUGAGAUGGAGACAGACUGCUGGAGCCGCACCCUACCAUCCCUCAGGCCAAGGCAGCAGAUGGAGGCUCCACAAGAAGCAGAGGAUCCCCUGCCCUCUUGCCAACGAGCAAAAGUUAGGGACCCAAGAGAUAGUAGGGAAUGGAAAAAGGUCGAAUCCCCUCCCAGCCUCCCUCACCUUCCCAGUUGCCCUUACAUAACAGCUAUGGGGCUCUGGAACUCAAGGGCCAGGCAAAUGAGGAUGGGGAUGAAGGUCCAUCCAGGGGGUUGGCUAGGGAGAGUCAGUCACCCCUACCUAUCAGGACUGACUGUGCCAAGAAAAAAAGGAGGGGCCAAGGCUUUUCGUGGAAAAAAGGUCCAUGGAGAAUAUGACAUAAAGGUUGAACAGGCAGAAUUUUCAGAAAUCAACUUGAUAGCCCAUGCUGAUGGCAAUUACGCAGUAGAUAUCCAAGUAUUUCGAAAUGGCACUAAAGUUGUCAGGUCAUUCAGGCCUGACUUUGUCCUUGUUCGACAACAUUCAUUCAGUAUGGCAGAAAAUGAAGAUUUCCGUAACUUGAUCAUUGGAAUGCAGUACGCAGGCAUCCCUAGCGUCAACUCCCUGGAAUCAAUCUACAACUUCUGUGACAAACCAUGGGUGUUUUCCCACCUGGUGUCUGUCUACAAAACUUUGGGUCCAGAGAAGUUCCCUUUAAUUGAGCAAACAUUCUAUCCAAAUCACAAGGAAAUGCUAACAAUGCCAACUUUUCCUGUUGUUGUGAAGAUUGGACAUGCUCAUUCAGGCAUGGGAAAGAUCAAGGUAGACAACCACUACGAUUUUCAGGACAUAGCCAGCGUGGUAGCACUUACUCAGACCUACGCCACUACUGAACCCUUCAUAGACUCCAAAUAUGACAUCAGGAUCCAAAAGAUAGGCAGUAACUACAAAGCAUACAUGAGAACUUCCAUAUCCGGAAACUGGAAGACAAACACAGGCUCUGCAAUGUUGGAACAAAUUGCUAUGUCAGAUAAGUACAAGCUUUGGGUUGACACUUGUUCUGAAAUAUUUGGUGGUUUGGACAUCUGUGCUGUUAAAGCUGUACAUGGAAAGGAUGGAAAAGAUUAUAUUUUUGAGGUCAUGGACUGUGCAAUGCCUCUGAUUGGUGAGCAUCAGACUGAAGACAGGCAACACAUAACUGACCUAGUCGUAAGCAAAAUGAACCAAAUGUUGUCCAAAACUCCCAUACCGUCUCCUCAGAGACCCACUGCCACUCAGCAGCCUCAGAGUGGAUCACUAAAGGAGCCAGAGCCAAACAAAAUCCCACCUCAGCGACCACCACCUCAAGGGGGCCCAGUGCAACCCCAAGGAAUGCAAUCACAAAGCCAGGAGCCAUUGCAGCCACAGCGCAUGUACCCCCCUGGGCAGUCAGCAAAGCCCUCGACUUCCCAGCCACAGCGUCCACCUGGACCUACAACUCAGCAGCCACGUCCCCAGGCUCAAGGUCCUUCCAGCACCAGGUUAUCAAAGGAAGCAGAGCCGCAGCCACCGCCACAGCCUGCUCCCCAGCCUGCUCUGCAGCCCGCUCCACAGCCCACUCCGCAGCCCGCUCCACAACAGAAGCCUCAGUCUCAUCCACAGCUUAAUCACUCAGAGAACAGAUUCCAGUUUCAAAGGGCCUAUCUCAGAAGCAAUCCCAAUGCACAUGCUAGGCAGUGGCUGCUGAACUGCGUGCCUUUGCGGUCGCACUUCGCUCUUGAGUAUACACUGUUGCUGAUGGAGCAGCAGGAGUGGUCACACGGGCCCUUUCCAGAGAAGACUGCAGGACUUGCACAGAAAACUGCCCAUAGUUAUCCCAGUAGAGAUGGAGAUUCCUUAACGCACAGCUUGCUGUUGGUGCUCUACCUAGCCAGCUGCGUCCUACAGUAA